UUUUUUAAAAAUGACAUUUUCCCGCACAAAAGAAAUUUGAACACUCCACAUACGCACUCAACAACCCUAGCUAUCCAAUCUUCUUAAUUAUUUCCCCACCGGAGAAGACAAAUGACGUCACCGGUGGCCGCAGAAGACCACUCCAACACCAAAACCGACGAAGCAACAACGGCCUUUCAUAGAAAACGAUCCCGGCGCGUCAGCUUUGCUGAGAACACUUUCGUUCACAUAUUUAACCGUGACGAAGACCUCGAAACCCCCAAGCUUCCCGAUCCCCCUACCUCACCAUCACACAAUAAUAAUGAUGAUGAUGAUGAGGAGGAGGAUGAGUUCGAACCGAUUAUUCGGGUGGUUGCGUCUCCAUCCUCCGCUGGAAGCUCCAUUUCUGCUACCUCCAAUGAUGAAGAUAAUUUUUUUGGUCCUGUAUCAACAAAUUUUAUUAGACGAGAUUUACUAGACUCUGCUGGUUCAGAUGAAAACCACGAUCAAACCAUGGACUCAACUGCAUUUUCAAUGCAUUACCAUAGCCUUGCCAGAUCAGAUUCAGGUGACAUGAAAACUUCCACACGGGUUCACCUUUUCGAGGAGAAAACCCCUACUCUAAGUUCCGUUCCUUCCGAUAAUACAAGAAACUCCAUGCAACUGACACUAGUGAACAAGCCGGAUUUCCACCCCAAUAUCUCUACUUCUAAUACAAGCGCAGGUUCUCCAUCGAAUGACAUGAGUCUUGUUGGACACUAUCAUGAUAAGUAUGACUAUGGGAACUUAUUGCCUGUUAUGGACCCGCUCAUGACAGAGGACAAUAACGAUAUGCAUGUGGUCUCCAAUAUUUCGGUGCUAAAGUCACCGAUAAAAGAUGGAAAGCAAAAUGAGAACGGGUCUGAUUUUAUGGAUUUUAGUUAUAAUCAAGAUAAUGAAAGGUCAGGAUUUAUCAGUCAUGAGGAGCAUAACGAAGUUGUUUCUGAUAAACGUGAUGAGAUGGCUUCCAAACCACUAACCCCUAAUCAGUCUAUCAGGGGCGCUCUUACUGUUAAAACAAACGAUCCCGUCAAAGAUGCAUAUGGAAUCAUCUCCAGCACGGAAUUCUUGGCAACUAAUCAAGGCACUCCUUCAAAUCAUAUUAAUAUGGCUCAUCAUAUAAAUGAUGUAACAGAAAAGGAAAAAAAAUCUCCUUUAGUAGGUUCAAUAACCUAUUUAACAAACACGCCAAAUCACAAGCUUUCAAAUGGCGUUGGCUUAUUUAAAUCUCCAGGAACCGUGACUCCUUCAAAUAAUCAAACAAGUGUUACUCGAAGAGCUAGUGUUUCAUCUUUACAAAAAAGCAUCUCUAAACUUAGACUUCUAGAAGCCUCUCCCUUUUCGGCUGUGUUGAAUGCUAAACUUGAAGAUUCAAACUCUAGAUCGUUAAUUGGUCUCUCUAAGAUGACUCCUUUCGGUAAUCUGUUAGAGAAAGAUGAUGCAACUACAAACCCUGAGGAUAAUAAGACCGUAAAUCAUGAGGAAAGUUUGCCUGAAGUUGCAUCACAAUUGGUUUUAUCGUCUGAAGACGCAUGCUCUGGAGAACACAUGCAGCAAAAUCUUUUAAAGGCUGCAGAUAUAGAAGAAAUGAUGUGUGACAGGAAAGGUUUUAUGUAUGAUGUUCACAAUAAUUCAGAAACAAGGGGGGAGUUAACAAACUUAUCAAAAGAUAUACAACAUGAUAACAUUCAAUCAGUUAUAAGAGAAAGUGAUGUCUCUAUGGAACAAACAAACGAUUCUCUUGUAUCAAAUGGCGAUGAAAAAUCUUGUCAUAAGAAUGUGGAAGAUCAGUUUGGUACAAGUCCCUGCGUAUUGAACGACAACGCUGAUUCUUUACAUGCAGAAAAUGUACAGUCUGACGUAAGCUCAGCUGAGCGUAAAAGAAAAGCUGAACACGAGACUGUCGUAAAAACUGCUAAAGUCAAACUGGGUUCAAAUUCUCAUCUUGAACUCCCAAGUGACAGUGAAAUGUCAACUAUCGGUCCUAAUUUGGAACAUUUGGCUAAGAUUCAUACAAAAUUCUUUAGAGAGACAAAUCUUCUUUCACAUUCAGUUGAUAAGAUGAAUUUGCAUGCGAUUGAUCGUAUGGUUGAUAUUCUCGGGCCGCUACAGAGAUCAAAGACAUAUCAACUUCUUUCUAGUGACAUGCAUUCUAAAGAUAAAAGAGCAGCAGAAACACGAUUAAUAUUGUGCAAAUUUGUGCACGAGCAAGCAAAGUUGCAGCUAAUGCAUGUGAAACGAGAGAGGUUACUGAAAAAUAUGCAUUCACUCGCCUCGGCAAUUCAAGAGUCUGAAACAUUAAAGUUGAACCAUUCUCUACGAGAUUCACAACAUGUUCAAAGUAUUAAUCAUCGGCCCUUAUCAGACAAUAAUAUGGACAUUCAAGAGUGCCAAGUAGACAAUGACACGUUGACUUCAAUGAGGCAAGCAGAAGAGGAAAUCGAUAAAAAAAUUUCCAACUUAAUGUGUAAGAUGAAAGGAGAACCCAAUACUGCUGACACUAUUGCAUUUGCUAAUAACCAUUUGGUGAAAAAAGCACAUUGUCAGAUCAUACGAAAGGAAAUGCAGCUUUGGGUUCUAGACGAUCUGAAGAAUAGCAAAGAUCAUCAUGAUGUUGUUCUUAACUACCUUGGCCUAUUGUCUCAAAGGCUGACGGUUACUUCCGGUGUACUCGCAUGCAGUUCCAUUUCUCAUACAUUAAAUCAAAGGAAUAUACAAAAGAAUUUUAAAGAUAUGGAUGCUUCAACUGCGUUCGGGUUUGUCUUUGAUGCUGGCUUUUUACAGAAGCAUGUCGGUGCUACAAGCUUGGCGCAAGCAACACAAAUGACGACUUCUCGUUUGGGCAAUUUGGUGGAUGUGAUGGAGGAGAUACAACUUGCAAGUAUAGAGCUAAAGAAUCUGAUUCAUGCAAAAUUUCACACAUCCUUAGAUGAACGCCUUGAUCUGGAGCUCUAUUUCUUUGAUUCAAACAGCCGAAAAAAGGCAACAGUAACUCUAAACACUUCAUGUCUUAAAAGGGGUAUCUACCCAUCGGAGAUUGCUGUAUGCCAGAUUGAUUCAUCUCAUGAAAAACUCUCAGCUGAGAUUGCCGGAGCAGUUCAAGAUCUCAAAGUGGGAUUUUUUAGGAUUUUACGGUUAUGUAGGCGCAUAUCGCAGUUAGUUAGCGUUCAAGGUAAAAGCUAGACAGUAGCAUGAGAAAUGUUAAACAUGUAAUGAAGAAAAAUAUAUACUAAAAAUCAUUGGCAAACACUUUUUGAGUGUAUAAAAUAUAAAGAAAUGUAUGAAUAGCAGCUAAAGAAUCGUUGCACCCAAUCGAUGGACAAUCAGAAAAUCGCUCGUACAAGCGGGUUUCGGUUUCUUGUUUUUCAAGAAAGGUUAGUUCAUUGAAAUUUCGUCUUGAAGUGUAGACAAAUUUGGCGUGCUUAACAGUAUGUUGGAUACAGUUAAUUCUACCAACACUA